AUGGUCACAGGAAUAGAGGCAACAGGUGUGGCUCUGGCUAUCCUACCUUUGCUUGUGAACCAGUUAGAUAAUUAUGCACGGGGAAUCGAAAAGAUCAAGGCCGUCCGACGCUACAAAUGGCAGCUCGAAGACUUUUCGAGCGGAUUGAGUGCCCAGUAUUCCAUGAUGGUUAACACUUUGGAGCUUUGUUUGGAUGGUGUGGUCGACGAUCAUGAUCAAAAGUCUGACUUGAUCAAGAACCCCAGAGGCCCCGGGUGGAAAGACCCAACAUUCCAAAGCCGACUGACACAAAAGCUCAACCGGGACUAUGUCCCAUUUACUGGUACAGUGCGAGCACUAUGUCGUUUACUGGAAGAUCUUUCCAAAAAGCUCGGGUUGGAGACAGGAGAUUACCGCAGCUUUCGGAAAAUCUUCAACACGGCGAUAUACGAAGAUCUAUUGGAAAAGAUAGACAAGACAAAUCAGAUCUUGAAAAUUAUAAGCGAGCAAUCCCAACAUCGGGAAUCAUCUCUCAAGAAACCAGCGCGGCGCAGAAGAAACCUCAAACGAUGCCGCGAAAAGAGGGCGCAUGCAAAGGCUCUCUAUAGUAUCCUUGGAAAUGGCCAGAAAGGCUGGAAAUGUUCAUGUCAGAAUGCACACUUCGUUGCUCUUCAGCUCAACGCACAUUACAUGGACAGCACAGAUGACAUCCACCUUGCACCCCAAGCCACCAGCUUUUAUAUGAUUACAUCCCCUCCGGAGAACUGCUCAUCCACGAGUGACCGAAGGCGUUGGCACGAAGUUAGAGUGCAAACUGAUCAAAGUGCCCAAUUGCCCUGCAAUUCACAAGACUGCACCCCAGGACGGGAAUCCAAAGUAAAUUUUGAACUACCAAAAACAAAAUUUCUGGAAAGUGUCCAGUCAAUACCAACAGCUCUGGGUGCACCCAGCGCCAGCGCCGCUCUAUGCUGUGCAUUUGAUCAGGUUAACAUAACACCGCCGAAUUCUAGUUCCAAAUCCAUUGAUUACAUCUUCGGAAAUAAGGCCACAGAGGCUGGCUACUACAUGAGCCUAGUUCGGACUAUUCAAGAUGAAACGAAUCUCCGUUCUUUACAAGAAACCCUUAUUGGCUCUCCAUCCACCCCCGAUUCCUCAAUCCAAAGCCCAGGGGAGUUGAGCCGCCGAGACAGACUCUACCUUGCAACACAACUCGCGUGCAGCCUUCUCGAGCUACAUGGAACCUGGCUUCAGCAGCACUGGGGAACAAAAGAUAUUUUUUUCCUCUGUGGCAAGGAAUCUCAAAACUUACACUACGAACGUCCAUACCUUCUGCGCACAGGUCUGGAUGUACCCGAAACAGACACAAAUAGGUUUCCUCACCGAGUGCACAAUGGUCAAGACUCCAAUGGACACUCGAAUAAAACGUUGUUUCCCCUAGCAUUAGCCUUGAUAGAGUUGUCCCUGGGAAAGGCGAUAUCAACACUGCGUCGGCCUGAGGAUGGAGAGUCCUCGGAGGACACGUCUAUGCUCAACACGGUAACGAGAUUGCUGCGAACGGUAUACUGGGAAAGUGGGUCAAAUUAUGGAGACGUUGUCAAAGAGUGUUUGUAUUGGUCUCGAAGUAAAGGUGAUGGCUUUGAGGAUCCUUACUUUGAUGAGUCGGUGUUUGACACAAUUGUGGCCCCUCUCCUUAAGGAUUAUGACUACUUCGAGGGGAAUUCGAGGGCCUUUCAAUUAGAAUAUAGAAUGGCAUAA